GUCCGGUGCUGCUCGCCGUAGACGUCAGACAGCCUCAAAGUAAACAUGGCAGAAGAAAGCAUGAUGGAAGGAGAAGAGGAGAACAUUUUAUACGAUUUACUGGUCAUUACUGAAUGGCCACCAGAGACGGACACUCAGUUGCGAGGCAACAAGGAGCACAAUACGUCACUUAUUGCAAAAGCAGUGACAGGGCCAUUCCGCUUAAUCUUGCACUACUUGUGGUACAGCCCCUCCAGCUCAUCGCUACCUCUUGGUCUUGUCCGCCUGUCCAACAAGCAGAUCAACUGGCAGCUGGUGCUUGAAAGUAAUGGCAAACUGUUGGCGGUGGUUCAGGACCAGUGUGUGGAGAUUAGGUCUGUGAGAGACGACUUUGGCUCAGUCAUUGGGAAGUGCCAGGUGCCAAAGGACCCAAACCCCCAAUGGCGAAGGGUGGCGUGGAGCCACGACUGCACCCUGCUGGGCUACGCCGACAGCACUGGCACCGUGCGCCUUUUCGACCUCAUGGGCAGCGAGCUCUUCGUCAUCCCGCCGGCGGUGAGUUUUCCUGGGGAUUUCAGUUGUGCAGUGGCGGGCCUGAUCUUCCUGGAGUACACAGGCAGCGCCCAGUGGAUGGCCGAGCUGCUCGUUAUCACGUACGGCGGCGGACUCAAGAGUUACCUAGUCAGCGUGGGAACCAAUCAGAACUUCCAGGAGAACCACAGCUUCAGUUUCUCCGCUCACUACUCCCACGGCAUCACCUCGGCUAUUUACCACCCUGGCCACCGAUUGCUGCUGGUGGGCGGCUGUGAGUCGGGGGAUGACUGUACAUCCAAGGCCUCUUGCUAUGGGAUCACAGCCUGGAGAGCUCUGUCCGGCUCGCCGCACUAUAAGCAGGUCACCAGCUAUGAGGACGAUGUCAGUGCGAAUCAGAAGAGAGGUUUCUUCAAGAUCCCCAGCUUCAGAUUGUUUUCCAGACAGGGAGAUGAAAAGGACGGUGUGUUUCGCAUGAGCCUGAGCCCCGACGGCACCCUGCUGGCUGUCAUCCACUUCUCUGGCCACCUGUCUCUCUGGGACGUCCCCUCCCUCAAACACAGGUCCACAUGGAGCCAAGACCAACAGCCAGGAUUUGAGGAGAUCAACCCAGAGUGGAAGACAUCGCUGGAGAGAAGGAAGAAAAUAAAAGAUAAGGAGCAGUACUACCCGCUGGUGGAUGUGAGCUGGUGGAGCGACCUCGUGUUGAUUCUGGCUCGCUGCUCCGGCUCCGUCACCGUGUCAUCCGUCAGGUCGCUGCGCAACCUGCUGGGGAAAUCCUGCGAAUGGUUCGAACCCUCACCUCGACUCACCGCGGCGCACGACGGGGGCUUCCUCAGCCUGGAGUGUGAGGUGAAGCAGGCUCAGAAGCGUGGGCGCCUGGAGAGCAGCGGCGCCGGUGAGGAUGAGGAGGGGGAUGAUGGCGGAGACUCUGACUCAGACGAAGAGUCCUCCGCCAAAGCCCGCUACUUUGGCUACAUCAAGCAGGGCCUGUACUACGUGACGGAGAUGGAGCGGUUCGCCCCGCCGCGCAAGCGCCCCCGCACCGUGAGCAAGAACUACCGUCUGGUCAGCCUGAGGUCAACAACACCAGAGGAGCUGUACCAGAGGAAGAUUGACAAUGAGGAAUACGGUGAAGCCCUGUCUCUUGCUCAAGCGUAUAAUCUGGAUUCUGACUUGGUCUACCAAAGACAGUGGAGGAAGAGUACUGUCAGCAUCGCCUCGAUACAAGAUUAUCUGAGCAAGAUCUGCAAGCGCUCAUGGGUGCUCCACGAGUGCGUGGAGAGGGUCCCAGAGAACGUCGACGCGGCCAAGGAGCUGCUGAUGUACGGCCUGAAGGGAACCGAUCUCGAGGCCCUCAUAGCCAUAGGAAACAGGGAAGAUGGGGGCAGGUUCAUCAUGCCAGGCGACGUUGACAUCGACGACCUUCCCUACGAAGACAUCCUGUCAGGCGAUGAGGAGCUGGAGAUGAAGACGGAGAAGGAGAGCAGGAAGAGACAAGAGCUGUUGGCCAAGGUCGACUUCAGCAGGCUGACUCUGGAGCAGAAGGAGCUGUGUCGGAGCCGACUGAAAUUGCUCUCCUACCUGGACCGGCUGGAAACAUACGAGGAGAUACUUGGCGGUCCUCACGCUGCCGAGCAGAAAUAUGAUGCCGAGUUCUUCAAGAAGUUCCGCAGUCAAAAUAUCGUUUUGUCAGCAAGAAACUACGCCAGGGAGAGUAAUGUGCAGGCGCUGAACUUCCUGUUCACGUACCACGGAGCCGAACUCCUCCAGCAUCGGCUGGCUAUCCUCCACAACUUCCCAGAAACCACUUCUCCACACGAGUACACCAUCCUGCUGCCUAAAGCCUGCAUGGAUGACAGAGGAGAGUUGGCGUUGAUUCCGUGGGAGGAGCAGAGACACAGGGAGAUGGACUGGUGCGAGGCAGAGGAGUGCAGAGCGACGCUGGACCAGAACUUGUUUGACGACGACAGUUUCCUGUACGAGGGGGCUCCAGAGCUGCCGAGGUUCCGCACAGCCGCACCCUCCAUCGAGCUACUGACAGACUGGUACCAAAGCAGAGCCAAGGACAUUGACUCCUGCUCCAGACAGGUGGACUGCGCUCUGUCGCUGGUGCGUCUGGCGAAGGAGCGGGAGAUCCCAGGGCUGGAGCUCUUGUGCGACGACUUGGUCACCAUGGAAACGCUCGUGUAUGAGACAUCAUGCGAAUUGAGUCUGACACUUAAAGAUUUGCAGCAGCUAAGUGACAUCGACAAGCUCCACCUGCUCAUGAAAAAUUCCAGCGCAGAGCGCUAUGUGAAAGAUGCCUUACAGUGGAUGGUGCCGUUCCUGCACCGAUGCGAGGGGCAGAAAGAGGGCGCUGCUAAAUCUCUGCUCAGAGAGUACCUUGUGGGCCUGGCCCAGCAAGACCUCACACUGCCCCUCAUCAUCUUCCAGCACUCCAAACCUGACUGCCAGCAGAAGAUCAUCGGGGACCCAGACCAGCUGAUGGCGGUUACUCUGGAGUGCAUCUACAGCUGUGAGAGAGAUGACCAGCUCAGCCUCUGUUAUGACAUCCUGGAGUGUCUGCCGCAGAGGGGCUACGGACCAGACACGGACGUCACCGCAUCCCUCCACGAUCAGGUGGACAAACUUGAGAAGCAUCUCAGUGUGGUGGAGGUUCUGGAGAAACACGGCCUGCAGAAGCCCAUUUCCUAUGUGAAGAACAGCCAGAGCAGUGAAGAGGAAGCGCACCAACUGAUGGUCAAACUGUGCCGCCACACUGGCCGCAAAAACCCUCCAGUGAGUGAGACGGUGUGGAGAGGUCUAUUACAAGACCUGCUUGACAUGCAGCAGAAUGUCUACACCUGUCUAAAACCGGAGACAUGUCACCAGGUCUUUGUGGAGUCCCUGCUGUGUUCCAGUCGCGUGGAGAACGUACGCCUGGCAGGGCAGCUCAUGCAUUGCUCCGAGGUCAGCCAGGAUGUUCCUGUCAGUUUGUCUUUCCGGGGUAAAGGUUACGCUCUGAAGGUGGCCUACGACAACAGCUUGGAAUUAGUGUUGGCUGCUGCCAGAGAGUACUUCAACUCAUCCACAACGCUGACUGACCCCUGCAUGGGCCUGGCCAGGGCGUGUCUCCAGCUGAUCACCGACUGUCCCCCGACCAUCCAGGAGGAACUGGACCUCAUCAACGCUCUCAGCCAACUGGAGGACUUCAGCGCCAGCAUCCUGCCACUGCAAGUGCGCCUGCGAUCAGACCGUCUGUCUCUCAUAAAGGAGUGCAUCGCCCACUGCUCCACGGCCUACAAGCAGUCCACUACUCUGCUGAAUCUGGCCUCGCUUCUCCGAGUGGCAGGCGAUGACAAGGACGCCCGAAAAGGCCAAGUGCUGACCCUGCUGGCGGAGCAAGCUCUCCAGUGUCUGGACUUCAAGGCCUCCUACAUCCACUGUCAGGACCUCAUGGCCGCAGGUUACAGUCCAGCGUGGGACGUGUGCAGUCUGCUGGGUCAGUGCGAGGGCUUCGGAGACCUUGAGGCCCGGCAGGAGCUUUUAGCCUUCUCUCUCACCCACUGUCCCCCCGACAACAUCCACGGCCUGCUGGCUGCCUCCAGUGACCUGCAAACUCAGGUUUUGUACCAGACAGUUAACUACCAAAUGGAGCCUGUUAUUACCGCGAGUGGACGAGAGGCCGACCAGACAGACUCUGUAAAGGCCUGCGUUCCGUCUGCGGGCUCCCCUGUGGCGGCGGCGGGGGAUCUGCUGCACAGGACUACAGCUAAGACCAUGGAAGUGCUGACCAAAUCAAGAGUGACCACCAAGGCUGUGCUGACCGCAGUCAGCGACCACCGCUGGUUGAAGGACUCGCUCAACUACCUCCGGCCAAUGCAUGGUCACGGCGCAGGAGCCACUAGUCAGGAUGGGGCGUGUGAGAACUCCAACCUGCAGCGUCAAGGCUGUAGCCCCUUUUAUCAGGAACUCAUUGAUGAUCCCUGUGUAGACCCGAGUCAAGACGUGUAUUCGUCCUACAAAGACGUGCCUCAGGAGAACUUCGCCGAGGUUUUGCUGAGGACGGGCAAACUGGCUGAGGCCAAAACUGAAGGAAAAACCCUGUUUCCUGCUACGGAGGUUUUGCUGCAGCUGGCCAACGAUGCAUUUCCCAGAGACAUGAUGCUGGCUCUGUCCUACUUACUGGCCCUGCCUCAGGUGCUGGAUGCCAACAGGUGUUUUGAGAAACAGUGUCACUCUGCCUUGUCGCUCCAGCUGGCUGCCUACUACUACUCCCUGCAGAUCUAUUCUCUCCUCAUACCCUGCUUCAAGGACAAGAACCACACUCUCUACCAGGCUGACCCAAAGGAGCUGAUUCGAUUGGUCACACAGCAUGUGUCUGCGUAUUCGGAUUGGCCGGAGGAGCUGAAGAAGUUGAUCGGCCAGCUGCGAGUGUACAACGAGCGUCUGACGGACUUCACCCAGGCCCAGGUGUUACAGGGGCUGGGCCGCGGAGUGGACGUCCAGCGCUUCAGCUCCGACGCCGACUACAAGAAGGAGACAAUCCUUGGCCUCACAGAGACACUGGAGGACGACGUGUACAAGAUCGCUCUGUCUCUCGCCAAGCGCUACAGUGUUCCUCUGUGGGAGGUCUACAUGACUCACCUCGAGUUCCUCUUUACAGAUAGCGGCCUUUCCACCAAGGACAUUGAAUCCCGGAGCGAGUCCCUCAGCCUGUUUGACACUUUGAAGAGUAACCCCGAGGCCUUUUACGGCCACAUGACCAAGUACGUUCUGCCCACCGUGGAGGGAAGCGACCAGGCCCGGCUGCUCUACUACUACACCUUACUGGACGCUGCGGGCUGUGAGCCCUAUGUCACCACCACCAUCAAGCCAGACUCCCACGUCAAACUGCUCAAGAAGCUUCGAGCUGUUGCCAACGGUCUGAACUACCGGAAGCUGACUGAUGAAUCGCUGGAUCCGCUGGCGACUCUACAACCAGUCCUGACCAGUCAGAACGUACUGUCCAUCUCCAAACUUGCUAACCGGCUGCCUGUACCUGGUGGUGGAGGGGCAACAGUCUCCCCGAGUGCGGUCCACGCAGUGUGGCUGCAGAAGCUGUUCUGGAAAGGAGACCCCCAGUUGUUGAAGAGGCCGCCACAGAACGAUCAAGACUACCUUCACGCGUACGACACCUGCGGCAAAUACCUGGACAGGCUGGUCCCCGCUGACGCCGUCCACUUCCUGGAUAGCAUCACCUUCUCACCUGAUGCCGCCGAACAUCUGAGCAUCCAGGCGAGGUCGGAGGUGAUAAAGCGAGCCACCAAAGCCCUGCGCCAGCUGGGCGAGAAGAGCAGGAAGAGAGGAGGCGACGGCGGCGGGGAGCAGGAGGAGACUGACCCAGCAGGGACGACUUUUGAUGAGGCCCUAACACACUUGCAGCAAUCGCAGGCCCACCUGGACACUCUGAGCCAUGCCUUCAUUCUGUCACUCAAAGACAGCCAGCAGCCCUACAGUCAACUUUAUGAUUUAUCCCGAUCCGAGAGGUCAAAAGUACAUGAGCUGGCAGUCACCAUGGCAACUGAUGGGCAGCCUCUGGAGCGCAUUGGAGAGCUCCUGCGUGUGGCUGUUGGACCCCUAGACCUGUCUGUUAAAACGCUGCUUCAUGAUGCGAUGGAGCGAGUAGUGGCCGCACUCAGUGGGGACCCAGACGCCCUGACAAAUUACCCACAACCCCUCAGGGUCCUGGAGGCCAUGGUGACCGCUGUGCACAAUAAUGUCCAGAGUGGUGACAGCGCGGUGACUUCAGAUGACCUCCUGGCGUGGCUGCAUCCAUUCUGCGGUGACGCCGCGCUCCCUGUGCGGCCUCGGAUCGACGUGCUGCAGAUCCUGGAGAGCAACUUCAGCCUCCGAGACAGCGACGUUCGUCUCCUGCUGCUCUACAGAACUCAGGCUGUUCUCAAAGACCGAGAGGUUGAGAUAGAAGAUGUGGAGAACGAGGAGAAAAGAUACACCCUCUUCUUGGAGCUGCUGGAAGCCGCACAGAAGUGGGAGGACUUUCAGCUGCUCACGCUGCUCUUACAAGCGUGGCCACCUAUGAUGAAAGAGGAAGUGGCAGAGUCGGAGCGUAACCCCUGGGUGGUGCUGACCUCGGCCCUGCUGACCCGCUGCCAGGCGUCCGAGGUGAAAUUAGACCUGGGUCAGCAGGUUGUCACCAUGGUGCGAUCCCUCUACAACACCAAACACAAGCUUCCUGCGCAGUGUAUCAGACGCAUAGCCGCCCUGCUGCUCCAGAACCAGCCGAGCCUCCAGCAGCCCGCACUCAAACUGAUGGCCGAGAGCGGCGACGAGCAACUGCUGCGGCCGACUCUGGAUCAGAUCAACAGCAUGACCGCAGAGACAGCUUCGUCCUGCGACGCUGAACUCCUCUCGUUGCUCCUGGACGCGGGGCUCCUGGUGGGCUGCGUCUCCUCAGCCCUGUACCCCCUGCUCAGCUCCCACAUGCUGUCCCACCAGCAGGAGGGCGGCUGGGAUGUAGAGAAAGCUGCCGCCGAGCUGCUGGCGGCGGGCCACGGGCCCGAGGCAGGCUCUCUGCUCCUGGCUCACCGCGGGACCCACCGGGCCCAGUUCACCUUCAACUCGGCGUUGGCCGUGCUCAAGAAGUGGCUGUGAUGGAGACGAGGGAGGAGGGAAAAGAGCGCGACGGGCAGGCAGUUUGGACCGCAGACCCUUUUUUUGCGGUGAUGAAGCAGAUUUAGGGGGAAAUAUGUUGAGAGAUUUGAAGCGUGAGAAUAGAAGUUCUAUCAGACCUCUGCAUGUUUGUUCUGUAAUUUGGUUCAUCAACUGGAAGACACGGCAACAGCAGCUGCCUCGAAGAACGGAUACCUUCAAUACCGAAACAUCUGCUCAAUUAGAAACACACACAUGAAUACAGAAACCUCCGCUGUCUCUCCGUCAUGAUUGAAUGUUCAGACUGGGGGCUGAUCAGAAAAACACACUUCCUGCUUGCAUGUAUUUGUGUGUUAGUGUGUGUGCGCGUCCUAUUGUGUGAUAAAAUAAUUGAGCAGUAGCCGGGAAGCAGUGGGUGGAUAUUAGCCUAUUGUUCCGUGACAGGUUUGCCUCUUUGACGUCCCACCGUUAAACACCCUGCCUCUGCUCCAUUGUUUUCCCCCUAAUAAUGUCUAAUUAAUUCCUUCUAAACAAAUUAGCCCCGCAGCUGCCCCGCGCUGUGUGUUCGUGUGUGUAUGCGGAUGCACAAAACGCUAUAUACAAGCAGCCGACACCCCGGCGUUAUCACGUAGAGCUAAUGAUGAUGAGGAAUAAACGCGUACGUGUGUGUUUGUUUAUGCACACAGUGACGCUGUCAGCAUGGUUUGUUUCACUAUAUAAAAAUACAGGUUUUAUUCUGUGUCACCUUUAAGAUCUGAAAUAAAUAAAAAAAAUCGAGUAACGUGAGAA